CACUCAUAUCUCUGCAUCUCGCCCCAUCGAAAAGAGCUGGAGAAUAAGUAUAUAGGCUUGAACUUGAACUUCUUAGACCGACAGAUCCCAUGUCGAAGCUCCACAGCCUUGGCGGCCCCGGUGCGGCCAGGGCGCACCUUUUUAUCGCAUGAUGGCGUGGAUGGAAAUGCCUCGCAGGCGCUAUGAUUGGAACGGCAAUCUCUGAUUUUGAUUGUUUCUAUUCUAGGACCGUGCAGCCCAGACCUGCCCGCUGCGAUGCGUCUUUCGCAGCUACUUACACUCGCGUCUGUUCCACAAUCUGCUAUACCCCACAACCCGCGUAUCCUGUCCAUUCCUUGUCCUUGUCCUUUUUCCUAGAUAUAGCCCUUCAUGCCUCGCGAAAACAGCUUCACUGACUCCGAUGGAGAGCGCUCACUGACUCCCGACCUCGACGACGAGCUCGAAAACGAGCGAGCAUUCGCUGCCUCGCAAGCUAACCAUGCCCAACCUCCUGCUUCCGCCGCGGCUGCAAACGGCGAUGACAUGGUUAGCAGCCCCGCUAGGAAGCAAACGCCUCUCAUGGCCAAUUUGGCGACCGCAGCUAUGAAGUCUCAACAGUCCAUUAAAUCGGGCCCAAAGAGCCCCACGAAAAGCACCAAGACGCAUCGUACGAAUCGCACUCACCGCCAGCAUCAGCAGAAGGUGAUGACUCCGAAGGAGAGGUUUCGCAAUGCAGCGCAGAAGAUCAUCCAGAUGCGGAGGACGUCGACAUUCAUGGCGAGGGGCAAGAUUGGUGCCGAACCAGGUAUCGACGCGAAAAGCCACAGUGCGUUCAUGAGCUAUGGGCAUAUUCGCCAGAAAUGUUUGAUUGAUAUCAUCGACUAUUCUUCACUUCGCGUUUCACGGGGCAGCAUGACCAAUGGCGAACUCAUCCAAUUCCUGAAAAAUCCGGAGGCAAGCGCGCGCGAGCCCUGGGCGAAGGUUCGAUGGAUCAACGUCGGUGGUCUGAGCUGGGACGUUAUCAGUGCCCUUGCCCUCAAAUACAACCUUCAUCCUCUCGCUCUUGAAGAUCUCCUUCACCAGCGCAGCCACGGCCGUUCCAAAGCUGAUUACUAUCCUCAACACCUCUUCCUCCGCGUCCUCUGCCAUACCCUCGCUUCCGAGCCCACCACUCUCUCCGAGAUUGGAGCAGUCGCCUCUUCAAGCUCUCCUCAGGCGUAUUCGACUUGGAGCUCCGGAAAGACCAUCACAAACCUUCCAAGGAGCUCUAGCCCGGUCUCGCUAGAUGCUAACUUGGGUAUCGCGGGUCACGAUGCGAGUAUGGAUGAUUAUGGGGAUGAGAAAUUGGGAGAGAAUGGGUUAGAGGUUGAGGAUGAUGGCGAUCCGAAUGGCAGGCAAAGGAAGUAUAGGAUGACCAGUGCGCUCACGGCGAACGAUUUGGAAGCCAAUGCAGGGAGGACCCCCUCUUUCAUGGAGAGCAAGCGGAAGCGUGCGGCGGCUGCUAUCACUAUAGAGCAACUCAAGAAGGGCGAACGUGUCAACGUCCGUAUCUCACCAAUGUGCAUCUUCUUGUUCCGAGACGGCACUGUGAUCACAAUGCAUCCAGACCCGAACCUCGACUUCACCCUUCCUAUUACCCAACGUCUCUUCCGCUCGGACACUACUCUACGCAAGUCGGCUGAUCCCUCGUUGCUGGUCGAAAGUCUCCUCGAUCUUGUUGUCGACCAAGCUCUUGAAGUCGUCGAUGAGUACCACGCCAAAAUCCACAAGCUCGAGCGUGCCGUUCUCAUCAAACCCCAGGUCAAGAACGUCAGAGACUUGCACGUUCUUUCUGGUGACCUGAUCCUGCACAAGCGUACCCUCGGUCCCGUCCAAACCGUCAUCUACGGUCUCCGUCGAUACGACGUUGACAGGUGUGCCGCGCUCGUGGACACUACAGACGCGGACGCACCCAUCAAGGUCGUAGGAUAUAUGAGCCAUAAGUCUAAGAUCUACCUCGCGGAUGUGCACGAUCAUAUGGAGCAUGUCAUGACGAGUUUGGAUAUGUACACUGCGAUGUCGGAGAACUUGAUCAACUAUACCUUCAACAUGGCGUCGUAUGAGAUGAACGAAGUUAUGCGUCGUCUAACCCUCGCAACCAUCGUCUUCCUCCCUCUCACACUUCUCACCGGUUACUUCGGGAUGAACUUCGAGAACAUGUGGUCUAUCAACCAUGACCACUCUGAUCUUAUCUUCUGGAUCAUCGCCCUGCCCAUGAUGGCUAUUGUAGUCCCGCUGUUCACCGGCCCUGAUAUCAUGCGUACCUUCCACUAUAUCAAGAAGAAGAUGAUCGCGAAGAAGGUCAAAAAGGAGAUCAAGCGCGAGUAAUCUGUCACUUUUCACCUCGGUACUCGGUCCACACGAACUAUCAGCUCUUCCAGUUCACAAUCCCCGCGAUGCUAUAAACCUCCUAGUCUUGUCGUCCUACUGUUACUCGGCCACACCAACCGAUAUCGAUAUACGCUCUUUAGUCAAUCUAUUUACAUCCAUCCAUUCUUUCUUACUACAUAGCCUUCAUGGGCUUUCCCUUGCUAUAGUCUGCCAUAUAUACUGAACCAUCUAUCCCAACUCUCAUAUCUCAUCUGCAUGCGUAUUUAUUUAAUUAUUUCUGGUAGAGCGCAUUGUGUCACAGUCGCGAUCAGACUUCAGCGGUGAUAUAUUUGUUCUCGAUGUUUUUGACAAUAGGGUAUUCAUGUUUUUGUUCUUAUAAGU